AUGGCAGGCAAACUGGUGUCCCCGAGGGAUAGCCACAAGGCGCGCCUGCCCGUGGUCUCCACCCUGGCCCCCGCGGUGGCUGGUGCCCCCACCUCCGAGCUCUGGACUCCCCCGGUGCGGAGCGACAGUCUACUCACCAGGCCCGCCUACUACCCCUUCGACUACUACUGGACGGACACUGACGACCUGCUGGACAUGCGCCACCUCAACCAGAUGACCCUCGUCCCCCGUCUGGCCGCCCUGGAGCGCGUUGCAGCCGUCGACCACCUGGCUGCCGGGACCCGGCCCGGCCCCUCCCACCUGGUCCAGUCCCUGCCCUUCCGCUCGUUCAUCGACGCCUGCCUGGCGAGCGCCUGUGAGCUGGAGGGUGCGGGUGUCACCCCCCUGGUCCUCCUCCUGCGCCUGGUCAGCUGGCUGCGCGUGGGCGAGGGCGGCGACCGUGCCUUCUUCCUUGACUUUGUGGCGCGCCUGUCCCGCGCGCUGCACGCCGCGCUGGGCCUGCAUGGAGGCGCCCUGCGCCCCCAGGAGACCCUGGCCGCGCUGGAGGCCUGGGCGCGCUGGGACGGCCUGGGCGAGGCCUUCCGCCGCGGCCGCCCCGAGUUUGCGCCGGCCGUGCAGGGCGCGCUGCGCCAUGCGUCCUUCUCCGCGCCCGAGGCGGUACGCGUGCUGGCGGCGGUGUCCGGGGUGCGCGCCGCGCUGCCCACCUUCACCCCCUGCGCCACGGUGGUGGGGCGACUGGCAGAGACGGUGGCCCUGGCCGCCGCGGCGCUCAGCGCGGAGGAGCUGGCGCUGGGCCUGGGCGCGCCGCGCGGCCUGACCUGGCCCUACUACCAGUGCGCGCUGCCCAUGCUGCGAACGCUGCACCUGGAGGCGCUGGACCGCGCGCGCGAGGCGGAGCGGCGCGGCCUGGACGCCGGGCCUGCGCUGGCGGCCGCCGCGCUCGGCCUGGCCGUCGCGCGCACCGUGCACUGCGCCACGGCCGACAGGAUGCGCGCCGUCGGUGCCGCGCGUGGCUUUGACUUCGACGCGUUGGAGGCCCAGGUCGAGGCCGAGGCCGGCGCAGCGGGGGGGGGUGCCCUGGGCGUCAGCGUCGCCGUCCGCGCCUGA